AUUAGAUGCUCUCUCAGAAUCCUAGUGCCUAGAGGUACGGUACCAGGAUUCGGAUGACCAGCAAGAAGCAGCAAUGAAGGGCAUUUGGAAAGCUCCGCUUGCCUUGUAUAUAUACAGCUUGCUGGGACCUUUGGUGUCUGCAACAAUAGAACAUUAUACAAGAUUUCCUUUUAACAUAAAGUUCAACCAUGUGCAGCACAAGUGUCCACCUAUUACCAAGGAGCAAGAUGAUCUUCCAGGGUUUGACCUGAUUUCUAAGUUCCAGAUCGAUAAAGCUGCUUCUGUGGGAGCUAUUAAGACUGUUGUGGGUACAUCUCCAUUCCAAGUGGCUUAUCAGUUAGGCACUAAUGUUGAUUUCAGGAUUCAAACAAGAUACAUCUACGCCAGUGGAUUACCAGAAGUAUAUUCAUUCAUGUUUACCUUCCGAAUGAGGGAUGGCACACAGAACAAAUACUGGAGUGUCUGGCAAAUUAUCGACUCUAAUGGGAAACAACAGGCAUCAAUCAAUUUCAAUGGCCCAAAAAAGGCUCUAGAAUUCGUAUACAAGGCAACAGAUGGGCAAAUCCAUACUGUUACCUUUCCUAAUCUUCCCUUCCUAUUUAACAAUAAAUUUCACAAGGUUAUGUUCAGCGUGGAAAAGACAAAACUCACCCUGUAUAUCGACUGUAUUAAAGUUGACACAUUCACUUUGGUUCCACGAGGCAAAAUCACAGUAGAUGGUUAUACGGUCCUGGGGAAGCUAAAGAACAACCAUGAGAUAGCUGUGCCGUUUGACCUACAGUGGAUGUUGAUUCAUUGUGAUCCCUUGAGACCUCAAAGAGAAGCCUGCACUGAACUGGAGGCCAAGAGAGAUGUCGAGAUGGCCCUGCUAGAGAGAGGACCACCCGGCCCUGCUGGGCCAAUGGGACCCCCCGGGCCCCCAGGAGUUCCUGGCAUUGACGGUAUCGAUGGAGACAGGGGUCCAGACGGUCCUCCGGGCCCACCGGGUCCGGACGGCGACCCAGGCAAAUCUGGAUCACCGGGAAUACCUGGCGAGCCCGGGGCUGAUGGACUGACAGGACCAAUAGGAUCUCCCGGCCCACUUGGACCAAGAGGGCAGAAAGGUGAACCCGGACUGCCAGGUCCUCGUGGAUUACCAGGCACUGGUGCUCCUGGACCAAGGGGGGCUCCAGGUGCCCCAGGACUUCCUGGAGAGUUAGGGCGUGGUGGACCAAUGGGUGAUGUUGGUGCAAGAGGUGUUCCAGGACUACCAGGACCGCCAGGGCCAAGAGGUCCAACUGCCCAAGGAGAACCCCUGUGCCCCAAUGCAUGCCCACCAGGAAGACCAGGAUAUCCAGGCUUGCCAGGCAUGAAGGGUCACAAAGGUGCAAAAGGAGAAGCUGGGGAGCCAGGAAAACAAGGCCAUAAGGGAGAAGAAGGUGAACAAGGAGGAGUGGGGGACAUUGGUUCUCAGGGACCUCCGGGGCCACAAGGUCUGAGAGGUAUCACUGGCAUAAUGGGAGCCAAAGGCAGCAAGGGUGCCCGUGGGACUGAUGGAGAGCCUGGUCCUCGGGGAGUAGCUGGUGCGACUGGUGAUCAAGGUCAGCGUGGUGCUUUGGGAGAAACUGGGCCAAAAGGGGAACGGGGACCAGUUGGACCAAGGGGCAUAACUGGAAUGCCAGGAUCUAAAGGAGAGUCGGGGUUGCCUGGUGUUGACGGUCGUGAUGGAAUUCCGGGAUUGCCAGGUGGAAAGGGUGAAUCUGGAGAACCGGGAGCUCCAGGGGAAGCUGGGCUUCAGGGAUUGCCGGGUAUGCCAGGCAAUCCUGGUGCCAAGGGAGCAGCUGGAGAGAAGGGCAACACUGGAGCUCCAGGAGUACCUGGCCUAAUGGGAAACUCUGGUAAACCUGGUGAUCAAGGACCACAAGGGGAAGUUGGCCCAAGAGGACCUGUUGGUCCACCGGGUUCAAGAGGAGAAGGGGGCCCUACUGGUCCCCUUGGACCACCUGGGAAACAAGGCCCUCAAGGAGAUCCUGGUUUUAUUGGUCUGCCUGGUCCUCCUGGCCUUCCGGGACUUAAAGGUGACAGGGGUACAGUUGGUGAGACUGGACCUAAAGGUGAGCAGGGUCCUGGUGGAGAAGAAGGGUUUUCGGGAGAAAAGGGAGAGCUGGGUGAAUUUGGAAAGCCUGGUGCAAAAGGAUCUACUGGAAGCCCUGGGGAGUCAGGUAAUCGUGGCCCAGAAGGAAGCCGUGGACUGCCUGGAGUAGAAGGUCCUCAGGGAUCAGCUGGUCCUCGGGGUAUGCAGGGGGAGCAAGGUGCACCUGGAUUACCUGGAAGCCAAGGACCUGCUGGUAGAGAACCAACUGAUCAACACAUUAAGCAAGUCUGCAUGAGGGUUCUUCAGGAACAAUUAGCCCAGUUGGCAGCCAGUCUACGUAGACCUGAAUCUGGGGCUGCAGGUCUUCCUGGACGACCAGGUCCACCAGGACCUCAAGGGUCACCAGGUGAUAAUGGCUUACCUGGGCAUGCUGGCCCUAGAGGACUUCCAGGACUCAAAGGACCUUCUGGUGAGAUUGGUCUUAAAGGUCCAAAAGGUGAUGCAGGAGAAAGAGGUGAAAGAGGAUUACCAGGAAGAGGUCCAAAGGGAGCACCUGGUUUGCCAGGUCUUCAAGGGGAACAAGGGAAACCAAGCUAUGGUCGAGAAGGGCGUGAUGGAGAAAGAGGCCCACCUGGCCCUGCUGGUUCACCAGGAAUACCUGGACCACCUGGCGCUGCUGGUCCAGCAGGAUAUUGUGAUCCAUCCUCUUGCAGCCUUCAAGCAAUUGCUGCUCCUCAGUCUGGUAAAGACUCCAACAUGAAAGGGCCUUGAACUCACUCUUAAUGCUGUACAACGUUGCUGCCUGCACUUACAACAUGACAUUACAGGAUGGAAUCAUUUGUAAAGGAUAAUAAACAAGGCUUUCAUUCUGAACAGCAGGCAUUAACUUACUUUGUACAUGGGAACCAAAAGGAAACAACAUAUUUUGGAGAAUAUGGUGCUUAUCAAACUACUGCAAGGAGCCCUUCGAAAUCUCACAAGCAGUAAAGAAAAGAAAUAAUUGUUUAAAUAAAGAAAUAUAUCUCACUCUCCUGAGCCACCAUAUAAAUCCCAAGGAACAAGAAAUCUUUUGUCUUCACCUCAACUUUUAGCCACCGCCUUAGUCAUUGUUUAAGAACCCACUGACUGUCCAGCAAAGAUAUAAGCAAGACGCUUAGAAGAUCAUCCUAAUAUAAGGCAGCAGAAAAAUCAACCAUGAAAGCACCAGCAUGUUUUGCAAGCAGAAGCCGCAGUGCCACAACAGCAAGCGACCAAAAAUUGAAAUUAGCCAUUUGCAACUAAGUGCCCCAGCUAAUUAAUAACCCUCUGUUUUGCAUUCUGAUCACUGUAAAUGAAUUCACAUAAAAUGGAGAAACACUUUCUGUAAAAUCUUGCUACACUGAGUAUAAGUAUGCUGUAAAUCUGUAAAUGUGUGAUGUGGGUCAUUCUGACAAUCGAUAUGCCAUGAAAAUGAUUAAAUGGGUAGAACAUUAGCAACACAUUGCCUUAGGCUUGCAUUGUCUUUAUAAAACCGUUUAUACCGACACUUCUUCUUUGUGACAUCAGCAUUGCAAUGUGAUCUUAAAAACAAGAAAUUUUCAAUAUCCCCAUAAUAAAAAUUGUUUUGUAGCUGAGAAUAUUUAUUUUCAUGUGGCAUCUCUGGUUGUACAAAGGAAAGAAAUAAAUACUGUUUUGUAACCCUGUG